AUGCAAACCGAAAGUGUGCUUUCGUUUUUAGUGAUAAUUUUAAUACACCACUUCGCAACCGUGCAAACGAUCGACGUUGUAGAACGAUCGUCAUCCGGGUUCGCUCACCACUGUGCAUCGUCGAACGAAAGAUGCAUGUUACGGGUGAUGUGUGAUGUGGAGCCACGUGCACGCGACCAACUCGUAUCAUGUCUUACGGCUGAUGGGCUUGAAGGAUUGUGUUGCCGCGUCAAGGGUGAAUCUAGGCGUAGGAAACGUUCGCUACCCGUCGAACUCGCGGAGGAACUGUUUAACAAUGCCGUGGGAGAUGGACAUCGUGUCUACACGCGCAAGCUGGCAAACAUCGAUCGUUACCGGGAGGUUAUGACGAGCGAUGCCUCAAAGGAGUCGCUGGCGCGCCAAUUCCACGGUACACCUUUCCUCCGUGAACUGACCGUCGAUGAUCAGGCAGCAUACGAAGACAUAUUCGUAGCACGGGCCUUUGCCGAUGCGCUUAACCUCACCGUGGAGGAGCGACUCGAUCUUGAUGGGAUAAGCCUGAAGAAUGCGCCACGGCGUAAGCGAUGUCUUCCGCCAAGAUCCUGUGAUCCACACGCUAGAUACCGUUCGUUCGAUGGUUCCUGCAACAAUCCUGUUCCGUCGCGUACUAGCUGGGGUGCGGCCGGUUAUCCAUUCGAGCGUUUACUACCACCGGCAUAUGAAGAUGGUGUAUGGGCUCCGAGAUUACAUUCGAGAGUAUCCGGACGUCCUCUUGCCAGUGCGCGGGAUAUUUCGGUAGCGGUUUUUCCGGAUGAAGAUCGUCGCGAUCGCAAGCACAAUCUAAUGUUGGUGAUAUUCGGACAGUUUAUGUCGCACGAUUUUACACGCAGCGCCAGUGUGCAAAUGGGAAAGGAAGAAAUUCAAUGCUGCAAUGAGGAUCACUCGGGAGCCUUGCACGGUGAUCAGGCUCACUUCGCCUGUAUGCCAAUCGCCGUCAGUCCGUCCGAUCCCUUCUACUCUCGCUUCGGCAUCAGAUGUCUGAACUUUGUGCGACUAUCGCUCGUUCGGCAUGGAAAGUGCAAGUUGGGAUAUGGUAAGCAGUUGAACAAAAUCACUCACUUCAUCGAUGGUUCCACUGUGUACGGUUCGAGUGAUGCAAUCGCCGCUUCCUUGCGUGCAUUCAAUGGCGGGCGUUUGUUGAAUAGCUUCCCGUCGGACGAAGAACUUCUUCCGUUCAGCAGAAAACGGUCCUCCUGUGAACCGUGGGCCGAAGCAUGCUUCCGCUCCGGUGACGAUCGAACGAACCAAAUCGUUUCGCUUACGUCAAUACAUACUCUGUUCCUGAGGGAGCACAACCGAGUUGCAACACGGUUGGCGGCACUGAACCGCCACUGGGAUGAUGAACAGCUGUACCAAGAGGCUCGUCGGAUCGUUGGGGCAGAAUUGCAGAGAAUUCUCUACAACGAGUAUCUGCCUGCUAUCGUUGGCCGUAACAAGGCUCGCCAGUAUGGGUUGCUUGAUGGUCACAAAGGACAUACGGACUUCUACAGCCCCGAUGUGAAACCCGUCGUCUUCAACGAACUUUCCGGCGCAGCGUUCCGAUUUGGCCAUUCUACCGUUGAUGGAGCAUUUUUAAUUCAACAUCGUCAUCGCCGUUCGGAGUUGGUUCCAAUUCAGGAAGUUUUCCUCAACCCAUCCCGCCUGCUGGAACGAUCGUUUUUCGACGAUUUUCUCUUCUCGCUCGUGGAUCAACCGCAGCAACAAGUGGACAAUUCCAUCACGUUUGGGCUGACGAGGUUACUGUUUGCGGGGCGCAACCCGUUCGGAUCGGAUCUAGCCUCAUUGAACAUACAGCGGGGCCGCGAUCAUGCCCUUCGUCCGUACAACGACUAUCGCAAAUGGGCAGGUUUGGGACGGGUCACUAGCUUCGAACAGUUUGGCCCGGUCGGUGCACGGUUGGCCAGCGUGUACGACUCGCCAGAUGAUGUGGAUCUGUGGGUGGGUGGAUUGCUGGAACCUCCGGCGCAGGAUGGUGCAAUAUUUGGCGAAACGUUUGCCACCAUCAUCAGUGAGCAGUUUGCACGACUUAAGUUUGGCGAUCGGUACUACUAUACUAACGGGCCGAGGCACAAUCCGGGAUAUUUUACCGGCGAUCAGUUGAACGAAUUGAACAAAAUGACGCUCGCGUCAGUCAUCUGUGCGAACAUCGACCAUCCGGAAGGGUUUUCGGUACCGUCGAAUUCUUUCAAACAGCCGAGCGAACAUAAUCCACCCGUUCCAUGCCAUGCGAUGCUUUCGAUGGAUCUGACUGCCUGGAGCAGUCACUAG